AUGUGGGAAAGAGAAAUGAGCAGCACAAGUCAACUGGUUUUGGCUUCCCAUCCAUCCAACACUGGGCACUACAAGGGCCACUACGACAAGCACAAGUACUACGGCGACGCCCACAGUGGCAAGAAGGGAGGGAAGGGUCACCACAACGGCUCCAGGGACUCCCACGACACUCCAAUUGCUCUCAACGUCAGUGAUUUUUCUACAAGGGAAGCCACGAGAAAGUACGACCAACACACCACGCGUCUCUCUUUCGGUCUCUUGCUUGCCUGUUUGCAGAAUCCGUCCCUCAUCUCCCCUCAGGACGGACACCGUCACGGUUCACGAGGGACACCACGAGAAAGCCAGCAUUUGGCAAUCGUGGCCAAGGACGACCUCCAAGCCUCUGCCACGGGAUACGGAGGAUACGGAGGCGGAAGUUCCCACAAGGGCCACGGAGGCUACGGAGGCUCCCACUACGACCAGGGUGGCCACAAGGGCCAGCAGGGAUACCACGCUGACAAGGGCCACAAGGGCAGCCACUACGGCGACCACGGCAAGGCGCACUACAGUGGUUACCAUGACGACCAUGGCAAGCACUACAAGGGCCAUGACGACAAGCACAAGUACUACGGCGACGCCCACAGCGGCAAGAAGGGAGGGAAGGGUCACCACUACGGCUCCAAAGGUCAUCACAACAAAGGUCACAAGGACAAGGGCUUCAAGAACGUGUACCACAAGGAGGAAUACGGCCACACCAAGAAGUUCUACGACGACCACGACGACAAGAAGUACCACAACAACCACGACGACCUCGAUACCUACUUCAAGGCACACAAGGGCAGCGACUACAAGGGAGGCCACUACAAGAUCUGUUCCCUAUUAGACUAUGUUUUCAAGUCAUUCUGA